GGAGGGGUGAGGAUGGAGGGAGCCUGGGCCGGGAAGCAGCGCGGGCCCGGGCCCCGAAGCCUGGGCUGGGCUGGGCGGAAGCGGGGACGACUGUGGGGACGGCGCUUUUUCCUCUGCCCCGCCCCCUGGGACCCCCUCCCCUCCCCCCUGCUGUCCGCCGGCCGCGAUCUGGCGGGUGGCCGUUAGUUAGGUUUCCCGAGGCCGUUCCUACAGGCCUCUUUUUCCCGGGUCGGGGAGAGGCCGUCUCCUUGCGGUUACGGCCGGCUCCAUCUCAGCACCGAGCCCUACUUGUGGGGAAAGGGCCGGUUGGGAUUUCGGGGCUUUCCCGCCAGAGCGGGGGCUUCUCUCAAGGGAAAGCUGUUUUCACCGGAAAGCUCAGCUUUUCUGUUAAUACCUGCUUCACCUCCCGCCUUCCUUGAGACCUGAAUGAUAUUUCUCGACUACUUCUGCGUCUCACGUAAACAUUUCUCCAACUCUUUGACUCUGUGGUAUCUCCCUGAGAUGUGAUAUCGCUAGUGCCACCACCAGAAAGAAACGUCUGGACCAGGUUAUGAAAAUCCCCUUAACUGCCACCGCUUGCUUACCUGGCUCAUCGCCUCCUGGACUUUGUAUCUUUGCUAAAGUCAGUGAUGUGAAAAGACCUGACAUGGAUGAUAUUGCUGAUAGGAUGAGGAUGGAUGCUGGAGAAGUAACUUUGGUGAACCACAACUCCAUAUUCAAAACCCAUCUCCUGUCACAAACAGGUUUUCAAGAGGACCAGCUUUCACUUUCUGACCAUCAGAUUUUACCUUCCAGGCAAGGGAAUUUGGACCGAUCUUAUACUUGUUCUACAAGAAGUCCAGCUUAUAAUCCAAAUUAUUAUUCAGGAUUCUAUGUCAGCAAGAUGAGAUCUCCUCCCCUAAAAAGACACAACCCUUCUUCAGACAGUUUUCUUGGCUCAGGAGACCUAAGAACCUUUGGCCAGAGUGCAAAUGGCCAGUGGAGAAAUUCCACUCCAGCAUCAGGUUCAACUUUACAAAAAUCAAGAAACAGCCGAAGUCUUUACCUCGAAACCCGAAAGACCUCAAGUGGAUUAUCAAACACUUUUAUGGGAAAGUCAAACCAUCACUGCCAUGUAUCUGCAUAUGAAAAAUCUUUUCCUAUUAAACCUGUUCCAAGUCCAUCUUGGAGUGGUUCAUGUCGUCGAAAUCUUUUGAGCCCCAAGAAAACUCAGAGGCGACAUGUUAGCACAGCAGAAGAGACAGUUCAAGAAGAAGAACGAGAAAUUUACAGACAGCUGCUACAGGUGGUCACAGGGAAACAGUUUUCCGUAGCCAAACCUACCACACAUUUUCCUUUACACCUGUCUCGAUGUCUUAGUUCCAGUAAGAAUACUUUGAAAGACCCACUGUUUAAAAAUGGAAACUCUUGUGCAGCUCAGAUCAUUGGCUCUGACACUUCGUCAUCUGGAUCCGCCAGCAUUUUAACUGCCCCGGAACAACUGUCCCACAGCGUGUGUUCCUUAUUGUCUUAUACCCCAGAUGUUGUUGCAUUUGGAUCCAAAGAUUCUGAUCCUCUCCAUCAACCCCAGCAUCACCACUCUCUUCCACCUCAACCGGAUAACAUACCAGCUUCAAAUACACAAUCUGAAGGAUCAGACUCUGUGAUUUUACUCAAAGUGAAAGAUUCUCAGACUCCAGCUCCCAGUCCUACUUUUUUCCAGGCAGAGCUGUGGAUCAAAGAAUUAACUAGUGUUUAUGAUUCUCGAGCACGGGAAAGAUUGCGCCACAUUGAAGAGCAGAAAGCACUGGCAUUACAGCUUCAAAACCAGAGAUUACAGGAACGGGAACAUUCAAUACAUGAUUCAGUGGAACUGCAUCUUCGUGUACCUCUUGAAAAGGAGAUCCCUGUCACAAUUGCCCAAGAAACAGGGAAAAAAGGUCAUAAAUUAACUGAUAGUGAGGAUGAAUUUCCUGAAAUCACAGAGGAAAUGGAGAAAGAAAUAAAGAAUGUAUUUCGUAAUGGGAAUCAGGAUGAAGUUCUGAGUGAAGCAUUCCGUUUGACCAUUACACGCAAAGAUAUUCAAACUCUAAACCAUCUGAACUGGCUCAAUGAUGAGAUCAUCAAUUUCUACAUGAAUAUGCUGAUGGAGCGAAGUAAAGAGAAGGGGUUACCAAGUGUGCACGCAUUUAAUACCUUUUUUUUCACUAAGUUAAAAACUGCUGGUUAUCAAGCAGUGAAACGUUGGACGAAGAAAGUGGAUGUAUUUUCUGUUGACAUUCUUUUGGUGCCCAUUCACCUAGGAGUGCACUGGUGUCUUGCUGUUGUGGACUUUAGAAAGAAGAAUAUUACCUAUUACGACUCUAUGGGUGGGAUAAAUAAUGAAGCCUGCAGGAUCCUCUUGCAAUACCUAAAGCAAGAAAGCAUUGACAAGAAAAGGAAAGAGUUUGACACCAAUGGCUGGCAGCUCUUCAGCAAGAAAAGCCAGGAAAUUCCACAGCAGAUGAAUGGAAGUGACUGUGGCAUGUUUGCCUGCAAAUAUGCUGACUGCAUUACCAAAGACAGACCAAUCAACUUCACACAGCAACACAUGCCGUACUUCCGGAAGCGGAUGGUCUGGGAGAUCCUCCACCGAAAGCUCUUGUGAAGACCGUCUCAUCAGCAGACAUGGACCUUGUGGGGGACUAGCUCUUUGUUGUCUACAGCUGGAGACCUUGGAAACAGCUGCUCCCAACCCUCUGUUCUUGUUAAGUCCUUGAUCCUGGACCAGGCCCUGGAGAGAUGCAUUCACAAGCACAUCUGCCUUUCCUUUUGUAUCUCAGAUACUAUUUUUGCAAAGAAACUUUGGUGCUGUGAAAGGGGUGAGGGACAUCCCGAAGCUGAAGAGAGAGACUGCUUUUCACUUCUUCAGUUCUGCCAUCUUGUUUUCAAAGGGCUCCAGCCUCUCUCAGUCCCUAGUUAGGGGCCUGAGAGAAGCUUGGAAAGACUCUUGGUUUCAUAUAAACUCUUGUUGUUAGGCCUUACUAAGAGGUAGGGAAGGAUGUGGGCAAAAAGGUAGGGAUGAAAACCACCAGCAUAUACACGCACACAUACAUACACACAAGAUUUUCAAGAUGUGUCAUCAGGAAAGUGACUGUAAACUGGACUUUGGGGCACCUGCAUAAGUCCCUCCCCUAGGACUUUCCUAUUUAUAUGCCCCUUUGUGAAAUCCGUCUGCUUCUGUGCAAGGCUGUUCUAUCAUCUGUAGCUUCGUCCUCUCCUGAGGCACAACACAUGAGCCCUAGGUGGAUCCCGAAGUGCCAGGCAGUCCUUUCCUUAAAAGCAGAGGUUUGCAUGUGCUCACGCACAUGGCGGGGAAGACCCACCCAGGGAGCGGUUGAGUGGAGCAACAAGGCACCGCUUCUGCUGCUGCCUGCUUCUGACCAAGAAGAAGAAGGACCUCAGUCUUGAGCAUAAAAUUCCAGCAUUGGAUGAAUGCAGGUCUAGUUUGGUCUGUGGCUAGCUAGUCUAAAUAUGUUUCUAACCACAGAAAAUUUAAUAUAUAUAUAUAUAUUUCACAGGGAUAUGUUUUUGUUUUUUUUUUAAAGGCUGAAUGUGUUCACCAUUUUAGCCUGUAGAUUUAUUACCAUUUUCCAAAUUUAGCUCUAGCACGCACAGUCCCCAGCCUCUAUGUGUAGGGUGUUUGUGGACUUCCUAACAGAAUAUUUUGAGGCCUGGAUAAAUUUUGGCUUAGGGGUAGAGGUUAUAGAGGGAGGCAAGAUUUUCAACUGGAAAACGGGUGGAAUUUGGACUGAUCAACUUGAGUUUGAAAAACUGCUACUCCUUUUGUUCUUCGUAGAAUCUCCCCAACCCUCUGAGCGUUCCUCAGGCUAGAUAGUGAAAUGAUCCAAUGCCAGUGUCAUUUUCUACUUAAGUUCCAAAAUAGGAACGUUUUAUACUUUUUUCUGUAUUGUAAUAGGUAGUUUUGUAUAAAAUCUUUUUCCUCUUCCCUUGUACCUCAUCCUUUCCAACAUUGUGCUUUCUCCCUGGGCUUAUUUGAAAAUUUUACUCUGUUUUAUACCAAGCUUGUUUAGUACAUUUUUCUAUGUGUUACCACAGGUUACAAUUUGAAAAGAAAACUAUUUUUUUUAAAUAUUCCAUUGUUAACUGAAUGUUACUGUAUCCACUCCAGCAACCAGAUGUCCUACCUUUUUCAUACUGCCUGCCUUUGGGGGAAGACCAUCUUUUCUUUUCUUUGUUUUCUUUCUUUCCUUUCCUUUUCUUUUUUUUUUUCCCCCCUUCUUUCUUUCUUUCUUGCUUUUUUUCCUUUACUUUUUUUUUUUUUUUUUUGGUGUUUUCUAUAGGAAAUAAAUAGCUUUCUAUAUAUGAGUUGCUGGGACUUUUCACAUUCUCUUCUGGAAAGCUGUGGCAUGCAGGCUCAUUGUGAGACUCCUGAACAUUUAUUCUUGGUACUUAAUGUGUUUAAGUGACAACUUGAAAGGUGGCAAUAUGGUAUAGAUUUGGACCAUGAAUCAAAAGACCUGAGUUUUUUCAGGCUCUCUUGCUAUUGUCUGGGGGGACUCAGAACAUAAUGGUUCUCUGUAUUUAUUGUUUGUGCGUUUAGAUGACAUCUGUCUUACCUUCCUCACAGACUUUUUGUACAGACCAAAGCAACAAAUAUUUAUUGCCAUGUAUAGCAGAAAAUGAAACAUGCAACAAAAGCACUUUGAAAAAUAUACAAGGAAUUGUUAAGCC